CCGUGGCGGUGGCGGUGGCGGCGGCGCUGUCGGUGGCGGCGGCGAUGGAACCCGGCGAGCAGCUGAGCGAGCUGGUGUCCGCCGAGGGCCGAAACCGGAAGGCGGUGCUGUGCCAGCGAUGCGGCUCGCGGGUGCUGCAGCCCGGCACCGCGCUCUUCUCCCGCCGGCAGCUUUUCCUUCCCUCCAUGAGAAAGAAGCCGGCCCUGGCUGACGGCAGCGACCCUGACGGCGAUGUCCUCCAGGAACACUGGCUGGUCGAUGACAUGUUCAUCUUUGAGAACGUGGGCUUCACCAAGGAUGUGGGCAACAUCAAGUUUCUGGUCUGCGCAGACUGUGAAAUCGGGCCUAUUGGCUGGCAUUGCCUGGAUGACAAGAACAGUUUCUAUGUGGCCUUGGAACGGGUUUCCCAUGAGUGACUGAGGGGAGGGGGGUUUGUGCCACUCCCAAUUAUAAAGCGACUCCCCGCCAGAACUGGCGCUGAUCUCUCCCAACCUAACUGCUCGCCCCUCCCUUCUCUGUCCUGGCACGUCCAGCUGGACACGCGAAAGGCUAGUCCUGCUUCCAGAAACCCUGAGCACACGUCCCCAGCUUAGUUCACUUUCAUCACACUUCCUAAUCUCCUUCUGGUUUUGGGACACUGUGUGGCACAAGUCACCAGGUCCUGGGCCAUCUGUUGGCACCUUGGGUUCCAGCUCUCGGAGGGCAGAGCUCAGCCGUGGAGCCACAGUGGCUCGUGGCAGCUGCUGCCUGGGUGCUGAGAGGUGAGACUCCACCUCUCCUCUCUCCUGGAAGCAAGCAGACAAGUGUUUCAAGGACUAUUGUGUGGCUGCCUGUAGCUAGAGUGAUUUAGUCUUUUCUUUUAAAGAAAAGCAUUUACAGGCUUUGGUAUCGAAACUGCUGGUGAGAAACUGCAACCACGCCUCUGGCACCAUUUUUGUGACCCUCUGCUCUAGGUUGGUGGUGACCUCUCAUGAUGAGGACAGAUUUGGCCCACGAGCCUUCGGCCUGUGAUGGGGUCUCUCCAUCCUGUGGUCUCUGCACUGAGAUUAGAUUUUCAACCCCAGAUGACAGUCUCUUCAAAGAGAACUUGGCUCUGUUUUCUCUGGAUCUCUUAAAUCCCUAGUGAAGGGUGUGGGCCUGUGCCAUGUUCUGCAUGAAUGUCGAUGUUUGUUUCCCUGGACAGGCAUUAGGAAAGACUGAAUUCAUGGGCAGUGCCAUUUCCUGCACCUCAGGGUACGGUUCUUAUCCUGAUGGUUUAGGUUCCGUUGAAGUCCCUGUUACGACCCAGAAUAUAAAAUUUCCAUCCUAAUCUCCACAUGUCUGUUAGAGAAAUUGCAGUGUCGACCUAACUGUUGCUAGUGGAUUUGUUUAACUCCUCAGUUGGCUUUUCAAGUGUUCUCUCAUUUCUCUGAGGAGUCCCAUGAUCCUACCUCUUGAGAUUCAGAGGAAGCCUGGGAUUGACAUAAGGACCAAAUAGAGACUUUUCUCAUCAGCCCUCCAGUCCUGUUUUCAUUUUCUGCUGCCUUCUUCCUUCUCCCCAAAACUUCCUCUAAGGGCUCCCUGGGUAAAGUGCAAAUCUUUCGUGUUUCAGCCCCGCUUCUCCCUAGGUAGUGGUUUCCUUUGCAGAAAGGGCCUGGAUAAGCACUAGUAAAAACUGAGAGAACUCAGCUGUCUGAUUCUGUGGUGAAGGCACUUGCAGGAAAACUGAGAAUAAUCUACUCAGGUCAGAAGAAACAAGACCAAAUGGAUACCUGGCGUAUAUCACCGUGACCCUCUGACCUGUCCAUCGCAAGCCAAAACCUAGGCAAAGCAUUUUUUCUUAGACUUUGAUUACUUGCUUUUUUUUAAUCACAAAAUUAGUACAUACUUGUUGCAGAUUACUUAAAAAGGGGUAUAAAAUUUUUUUAAUGAGUCAUUUUAAUACCAUCCAGAGAUUGUCAGUGAUAAUGUGGUAUAUAUCCUGCGUAUAUAUGUAAACAUGUCUUUUUUUUAACGAAAGAGCUCAUAUUUUGCUCUUUUUGACUUUUGGUGGUCCUGAGUUUAAAUCCAGGGCCUCACACAUGUAAGGCACAAAUUAUACCCUAGUAACUUGUUUUCUUUCAUGAAAUACUGAUUUCCAAGUAGAUACACAUAUAUGUACACCGUUGUUUUUAGUAUCCUGUUAAUGUUCCUGUGCUAUAAUUUAUUUAAACAGUUUACUAUGAGAUUAUCUCCAGUUUCUUACAGUGUCAUAUAAUGUGCAACCUUAUAUUUAAAUUGUAUACAUGUUUUUGAUUAUUUUCUGGAGUACAUUAGAAGUGCAAUUGUGGGGUACACACACUUUUAAGGCUGUGCUGUAUGGACACAUAUGGAAACACAGCUGUUCCAAACACCCCACUGUGAAAGAGCAUUUAUCUACACCCUUCUGACACUGGGUAUUUAUUAGUAAAAUAAUAUUUUACCACUGUAAUAGAAAAAUAGUAUUGUUUCAAUUUGCAUUAAUUUUAUUUCUAACAAAUUUUAUACUUAUUAGCCAUUUGUAUUUUCUUUUUGAGAAUUGCCAAAUCUUGUCUUCAUAGCCAAAAAUAUCAAGUUAUUGUACUUUUACAGUUUGAUCUGAAAGAAAUAAAGGUAUUUAAAUGGCAAAAGUUAA